AGGCUAAUUCUUAACAUAACGUUCAGUUGUCUCUCACCAUGAGUGUCCUCAGACCAUUCAAGGCUACAGAUUUGUUUAAAUUCAACAACAUCAAUCUCGACGUGUGGACAGAAACGUAUGGCCUUAGCUUCUAUCUCAGCUAUCUGUCGAGAUGGCCCGACUUGUGCUGUGUCCAAGAAGCACCGAGCGGUCGUAUGAUGGGCUAUGUUCUCGGAAAAGCUGAGGGUGUAUCGAACGAAUGGCACGGUCACGUCACUGCCCUCACCGUCGCACCAGAAUAUCGCCGACUUUCUCUUGCUCGUAACAUGAUGUCUCGUCUUGAGCUCGUAUCAGACGACCUUUACAAAGGAUUCUUCGUGGAUCUAUAUGUUCGCUGUGCCAACUAUGUAGCCAUCAACAUGUACGAGAGCUUUGGGUAUAGUGUUUAUAGGCGGGUAAGAGAAUACUAUGGUAAUCUGGGGGUAGGCAAGGGUGGGCGAGAUGAGGAGGAUGCUUUUGACAUGCGAAAACCACUGUCGCGAGAUCCACAGCGACGAUCAGUGCGGUUGAACGGGCGUGAUAUGAUUGUCAGUGCCCAUGAUGUAUCGUAGCUCUUAUAGACGAGGAUACCCGCAUACAUAGAGUUUAGAUCAUCCCCACUCACGUCACUUCUCACAAUGCAUGAUAUUCCAUCUUCUAAA